ACGAGAAGAAACCAACAACAAGUACACAGUGCGGUCCUGCGAUAGUAGUAAGAGUAGUGACAGUAUCGGUAUCAUUAUCACUGCUAGUGAAAAGCAAGGCUUUUUCGAGGAAACAAGAAGUUCAAAUAAGUUAUUGAUCUACUGUAAUUCAGAACAAAAAGUAAUUCACUAGCAGCUUUCCGCAUUGAACAUUCGAUAUUGGAUAACUGCUUCGGGCACAGGCAUGAGCUAGAUCUCUUGAAAAAGUCACUUUUUCCGCUUUCGGUAUCUUCAAUCAGCGCCAUUUGUGAAGUCUUUGACCCUUUUGAGGAGCUCUUCAUUGAAAGCAACACCUAGUGUCAUAUCCAACAAGGACUGUGUGGUUGUUUCAAUAGCAGUCCUGCCAACUAUCAAUGUAGUAAUCCCGGCGUUUACGUUCAAGAGCAAAAUAUCCACUGGUUGUCCAGCCAAUACGCCGAAGGAAGGAUUGUCUAGGGUUGUCACUGAAAAUGUAGCUGUAGUCAUGUUCGAAUCAGGAAGCGGUACCAGCGAAUUAUUCAAUUCCUCCUUAUCGAGAUAUUCCUCAAAAAUUUGCGGAGAUCGGUAUGGUGCUUGUAGGUCUGGUCCCCAGAGAAAUUCGCCGGGUUCCACUCCUUCGUUGAAAGUCGUAUUGAAGAAACUAGAGAUUCCAAACAAAGCGUGAGGAGAACCUUUUCUGGAAAUAAGAACGACGCACGCGCCGACAAUGAGCUGCACACUCAUCACAAAACGAUGUUUACUCACUGCAAAAUCUGACCAAGGUUGUAGUCAUUAUCCCAUUCAUCAUUAGUAUUUGUGACAAUCAGUUUGAUCGUUUGGUUGCUAUCUACUCCAUUUUCCUGCAGAUAAUAUCCAACGUUAACAACAACAGCAGGAUUAUCAAUGUAAUAUCCAUCGUUGAAUUGUGCAUCCUGCGUUCCGCACGGGUUGGGCCACUGGGAACAGACUGCAAACUUAUCAAAAUGAGGAUUUUCGUACGCAAGACCAACGCCUGCAUCAUAGACAGUCGGGAGCAGGAUACUACCAAAUCCAAAAUACAACCCUGCCAAACAACCAGCGAGUAUUCCGCAGCAUACUCCGGAUGCGAUUGCUGGUUUACGGACAGAACUGGUAUUGACAUCAACAGAUUGGCCAUUUUCGUCUUGCCCAUUGCUUUCGACGUUGGAUGGCUCUUUGGUGUCAUUGUUACUGUCGCCGUCGCUCUUUUUUUUACGACAGCGGGCACAAUACUCUACCAGCCACCCAACAAGUACAGUGGUAACUAAACCCACGGAAAUUCCAACAAGUACUCUCCAAAUCAAACGCACUUUGCUUCCCUCUAUCGAAUAAAACGAGAUUGAAAAGCUUUGAUUGUAGACUGAGGGAGCCAGAGGCGAUCUACCACCCGCUGCAGCCGAGCUGGCUGACGCGACAUGCGCGACAGUAGUGGCCUCCGGUCCCCCAAAGGGGGGGCGCAAUGGUUUCCCGACGAAAGCAUCGUUUUGGUCGCCUCCACUUUUCGCCAAGAUAUCGGAACCAUUGAUCGAGAUUUUUCCGCCAUUUCCAGGAUACAAGAAGAAAGACUCAAAUGUGUCCCACGAAUGCUCUACGGGAGUCGGGGCGGUGUAAGUUUUCAGCUGGUCUGUCUUGUCGUCCGUUCCAUACCAAAAGUCUGCCGAAUUGUUCCCGACCACCCACGCUGCGGACAAUGCAACCGUGAACAACUGGGGCGACGACAUCCCAUCCUCGUCGGUGUCGUACCCCACAUAGACAGCGGUGCUCUCGGUAUUGUUGUUUUCCCGGAUUCUCGAAUUCGGCAUCAGCGCUGUCUGGAUGAGCAGAUUAGUCUGUUUCAUUGGUUCGAUCCGAUUUUCUGAAUUCGCGAUAGUGUCGACAAACCCGGGAUCACUGUAGUUCGUAGAUGCUGCCUCGAGCAUGACAUGGACGAACUUGGUCCAGUCAAGAUCGAACUCCUUUGCCAACUCGCAGAUUUCUGACAUGAUUUCAAGGGGGUCGUGUUCUCCGCUGUACAGGCGUAGCACCGGUGAUGUGACAUCGGACAUGUCGCACUCGGCAAUGGUCUCGUUGUCCAAGACAGUGGAUACCUUGGAAUAAUACGUUUGAAUCCACUGGAGGACGAACGAUUCCAAUUCCUCGGGAGUUUGAGCAAGGACGGUUCGAUCGUAAAAUUGCUGGGAAUAAAAUAGCUGUGUCGAAAACCAGGAUGCACCGGACACAGUGGACUUUGUUUAUUUCAUCGACACACGGCAACAGCGAAGGUUCAAAAAUCACACGGCUUAGUAGAUGCAAUGAAUUGAAAGAAAACACCGGAACAGGAACAACCUUCCCGUCGGAUCACGAUUGCGCAGGUGGGAAAUUUCUACAGCAACGGUUCGAGAAAAUCUUCGAAGCGAAAAAACAACUCGGAUUGCUUGCUUACCACUGCGUUGAAUUUCGUAGAGGUCUGGUCCAUCAGACCGGCUUGCUGAAACAGAUUGGCGAACGCCACGUCCGAAAACAUUGCUCUCCAGCCGCCACCGGUGGACGACCAGAGCAGUGCCCUAGCAUCCUUCCCGUCGCCCUGCGCUCCAGCGAUGCUUCGUCCCAAAACAACCGCCAACACGAAAAAUAAGGUUUUCAAGAUGCCGCUCKGGCGAUGCCAACUAAAGUGUGGGUGUGAGUUCGAGUCCAUUGUGCUUGUCGUUUGUGGCGAAACACACUAUCCGCGUUGUGACUGCCUCAUUAGCAUAAUCUUUGGAGAUACUUUGUACUGUAAAAUCGUACUUGUCAAGCUUUCUUUCAAAGGUAAAUCCAACGAAAUCCAUUACACAAGAAUUCCGGAACAAACACCAACUUCCGAAAUGACACAAUUGUAUUUUAGGCGAGUCUUAAGUAUAAAUCAAUGAUAUUUCA